AUGGUUGAUAGUGAAUUUCACGAUGUUCUAGAUACAACAUAUGAAAUUGUAUCAAAUCGUAUAUUAAAUAUAAAUGAGAAAUGGAAAAAUAAAUCAUUCAACAAUUCCAACAUGAAAAAUAUUCUGGAAGAAAGAAAUGAUGAUGGAAAUCAUCAUAUAUUUAGUACACACGAUAUUAUGAAGAAUAAGAAUGUAUACCCUAAUGAUAGUAGAAGGAUAUCUACAAAUAACAUUUCAAGGAGCGAAUCUAGAAGUUCGAAAGUUGGCUUAUAUAAUAAUAUUAGUGAUAGCUUAUCUAAACUUAAAACAAUAAUUAAUUAUGAUAAGGAUGAAAAAAGGAGUAAUGAAAAGACAGAAAAAUGUAAUACAAAUAUAGAAGAAGACAUGAAUAUGUUAAAAGAAUAUAAUACAAAAAUUGAAGACAUGAAUAUGUUAAAAGAAUAUGAUAUAAAUAAAAAAUUAAAUAUAAAAGAAACAUCAGAAAAUGAAUAUACAAAAAAUGAUGAUAAAUAUAAUAAUAGUACUAAUAGUAAUGGUUAUAAUAAGGAAAUUGAAUUUUUAAAAAAUAUUGCUAAGGAACAUUCUUUAAAAAAAAUAGAAAAGAAUAUAAAUCUUUUAUUAAAGUGUGAUAGUGAUAAUAAUGAUAAUUUAGAAUUUAAAAAGAAUAACGUACAUUUAAAUAAUAAUGAUUACAGGAGUGAAGAUCUUUUUCAUGAUAAUCGUGUGAAUAAUCAAAACAAUUUAAAAGAUAUUAUAAAAGAUUAUAUUAUACAUGAUGAUAAUAUUAUGAUAGAAAGUAAUAAUGAUAAUAGAAAUGAUAAAAAUUGUUUUAAAAAUACAAAUCCAUAUAAUGAGAGACAUAUAAUUGUUGAUAAAACAAAUAAAAAUGGUAAUAAUAAUAAUAUCAAUAGUAAUAGUAAUAAUUUUGAUUCCAUAUCAAAUAUUAAUAAAAAAAUUAGCUAUCCCAUAAAUAUGAAUUAUUCCAAUAGUGAAGACAAAACAUUAAAUCAAAUUAAUUUAGAUAUGUCUAUUCUAUCAUCAGAUAGUUUAAAAAAUGCAUAUAGUUUCUAUUCGUUAAGUGAAAAAAAUAACUCUAACAACAUAGGGAUGAAUAGUCAUAAAAAUAAUAUGAAUGAAUAUAGGGAUGUAAUAGAUGAAGAUAUAAACAUUAGUAAGUUUUCUAAUAUAUCAAAUUUACAUGAUUCUGAAAUGAAUGAUAAUAAUGAAUUUAAUUCCUUAUGCUCAUUUAAUAGCAGCUCUAAAUGUGUAAAAGAUGAAAUGAUAACACAAUUUGUAGGAAAUAGAAAAUAUGUAAAGACGAUGGAUAUGGCAAAUGAUAAUUACAUGAAAAAUAGUAUAGAACAGCAUUCUAUAAACAUGGAAUCAAAUCAUUUUAAAAAUCAAAAAAUAAAUUCUGGAAAAGAAGAUGCUAAUAAUGAUAACCUUAAUAGUUCACAUAUAUUAAAUAAUAAUAAAGGAAUUGGACAAAAUGUUAGUAAUUUAUCAGAUUAUUUAUAUUCGAUUAAGAAACAAGAAAGUAUGAAUAACCUUUCGAAUAAUGAAGCGUUAAAUAAUAUCAAUGUAACUAAUAAUAAUGGUAGUAGUAAUAAUAAUAAACAUAAUAGUAAUGUAUAUAAAACUAGUCAAUAUGUAUAUAAUCCAAAUGAUAAUAUAAAUAAUAUGAAUCAUCAAUUGAAUUUAUCUUAUAUGAAGAAUAGUAACAAUUUGAACACGUCAAAUGGUUUUAAAAAAAUACCAAAAAAUAAAAACAUCAUCUCCAAUAUCGAUUUUGAUAAUAACAUUUUCAAAAGUUAUAUUAAAGAAAAUGUUGUAAAGAAUCAAGAAAGUAAUAUAAAUCACCAACACGUAGAGAAAAAUUAUACAAACGAUGAGAUAAAUAUAAAAAAUAAUAAUAUUGAAAAUAAUACGCAAAAUACAACUUGCAACAAUUUUAUAAAUACAAAUGAUGAUAUUAUAAAUAAAAAAAAAAUUAAAGAAAUUUAUAAAAAAAUCGAUUCUAUAUCUUUAUUGAAUGAUCUUAGUUUAAAUAAAUUAGAAAGUCUAAAUAGUAGUAUAAUGGAUAGAUAUACGAAAAAUAAUUAUGAGGAAAAAUUUCUUGAUGAUGUAAUAUUAGAUGAUAGUAUUUUUGCUACAUCGAAUGAAUUACUUCAACAUAGUAACUAUACAACAACUAAUCAUAUUUUUGAUAAUAAUAAUAAUAAUAAUAAUAAUAUUAAUCAGAAGGAGAAGGAUCUAUUUCAAAAUGAUUAUAACAAAGAAACAUAUAAUAAUAAUAUUAUGCUAUCUGAAAAUAAUGCAGAAAAUCUCUUCAAAAUUUCAUAUAGUUGUAACGACUUAGUGUUAGGAAAAAAUAAUGAAAUAAUCCUAGACAGAAAUGUGGAAAAUAGUAAAACAGAACAAUAUGAAGAAUAUCAAAACAAAGAAGAUAUAAUAAAGUUAUACCAUAAAGAUGACAAUAUUAUUAUAGAUAAUAAUUAUAAUGAUGUGAACAUAAAAAAAGACUGUCACUUAAAAAUGGAUAAUCAAGAUAAUAUCAAAAUAAAUAAAAGUCAAGAUUCUAAAAAAAACAAACCUAUUAAUAAUAACGAAUGUAAUGUAAUUCACAAUAAAAACUUUAAAAUAAACGAAAUAGAUCAUUUUAAAGAAGAAAAUACAUUAAAUUAUGAAAGUAAAAAUAUAAUAAACACUUGUAAGGAUAAUUUAGAAGGUGAUGAAAAUAAUAUUAAUAAUAUAAAUGAAUUAAAGAAUAAUUCUUUACAAUUUGAUAAAAAUAUAUUAUUAAAAAAUACAAUGAGUCUUCAAAAAGAUUAUUCCAAUAUAAAAAAUCGGAAAGCAAACACAUCAAAUAUUGAUAAUAUAAAUAAAUAUACCUCUAAUAAUAUAUCAAAUAAAAGUGAUAUAUUUAUAGAUAAUAAUAAUAAAUCAAAAAGCUAUAACAAAACAGAUAUCAUAAAUAUUUUUUCAAAAAAUAAGUCGAAUGAUGAAGAUACGUUUUCGAAAUGUUUUACAUAUAAAGAACAUUUAAGUAAUUAUAACAAAAAUGAUGAAAACCUAUUUACAACAUUUUCAAAUGCUUUCCAUAUACCAAAAAUAAAUAAUAAUAUAAAAAGUACACAUAAUGAUAUAUUAAACAUAUCCAAUAAAUAUUAUAAUAAAAAUAAUACCACAAAUAAAACAAAUAUAGAUAUAUUUCAAAAUAAAAAUUCACUUGAUAUGCCAGAAACAAAUUUGAUUAAAGAAAAACAACAGUUCAUAAAAACAGAUAUGUCAUCAUAUGAUAAUAGCAUAAAAAAUGAUAAUAGUCGUGAUAUAAGAGAGAACAUAGAUUGUUCUGUUAAAAAUGAAUAUCAAAGUUUCAACAAAAAUAUGUCAAAUGGAAAUUUAGGUAGUAUGAAUGUAUCCCCUUGUAAUCAUAUGUAUAAUGAAAAUAAUGAUAUAAUAAAUAUUAGUAAAUAUAUAGAACAUCGAAUAAGAAAAAAUGCGGAGGAAAAUACGAUGAAGAACAAUAUUAAUGAAGAUACAUCGUCAAAAGAUUUUAAUUGUUUUUCUAAUAAUGAAAAAAAAAAAAAUUUUACUACAAAUAAUAUUCUUGUUCCAACAAAUAUGAACAUGAAUAAGAUAGAGAAUAAAAUGAAUGAUUUAUCAUAUGAUCAGUCACAUAGAGGUAUAAAUAAUAAAAAAUAUAAUGAUAAUAAUGAAGUGGAUAAUAAUGAAGUGGAUAAUAAUGAAGUGGAUAAUAAUGAAGUGGAUAAUAAUGAAGUGGAUAAUAAUGAAGUGGAUAAUAAUGAAGUGGAUAAUAAUGAAGUGGAUAAUAAUGAAGUGGAUAAUAAUGAAGUGGAUAAUAAUGAAGUGGAUAAUAAUGAAGAGCAUAAUAAUGAAGAGCAUAAUAAUGAAGAGCAUAAUAAUGAAGAGGAUAAUAAUGAAGAGGAUAAUAAUGAAGAGCAUAAUAAUGAAGAGGAUAAUAAUGAAGAGCAUAAUAAUGAAGAGGAUAAUAAUGAAGAGGAUAAUAAUGAAGAGCAUAAUAAUGAAAAGGAUAACAAUUCUUAUAAUAAAGAGUAUAAUAUCCUUUUUGAUAAAAAGAAUAUUUCAAAUCUUAAUGAUAAUAAUAUAUUCUCUUUAUCAAAAAAUAAUACACACAGCCUGAACAUAUCAUCUUCGAAUAUAUCUCCUACAAAUGUAAGAAAUAAUUUAAAUGACAAUUUGUAUAAUUAUUCGUUUGAUAAUAAACAUAAUAAUGAAAGUAAAGGAGAAUUUAAUUAUUCAUCUUAUCAAAAUGAAAUAAAAUAUAGUAAUAUGAAUAGUAUGGCUGAAAUGUUCAGUUUUGGUGUUCAUAAUAAUUCCUCUGUUUUUUUUUUUGAUAACUUAAACAAUUAUUCUAUGAACGAAAAUUGUGACAAUUCACUAAAAAAUUUUGUUUUUAAGGAUGAUGCUUUAAUAUUAAAGGAAAAAGAUGAAAUUAUAAAAAAUAACACGAUAAAAAAGGAAAAUAUAAAAGAAGAAAAUAUAAAAGAUGAUAUAAUAAAUGAUGACAUGAUAAAUGAUGACAUGAUAAAUAAUGACAUGAUAAAUAAUGACAUGAUAAAUAAUGACAUGAUAAAUGAUGAUAUGAUAAAUGGUGAUAUGAUAAAUGAUGAUAUGAUAAAUGGUGAUAUGAUAAAUGGUGAUAUGAUAAAUGGUGAUAUGAUAAAUGGUGAUAUGAUAAAUGGUGAUAUGAUAAAUGGUGAUAUGAUAAAUGGUGAUAUGAUAAAUGAUGAUAUUUCGUUCGAAAAUAAUUAUAAAAAUAUGAAUAAUUUAAAAACAAUACCUUUAAAUGAGGUUAAAAAUUUAAUAAUGUCUUCUAAUAUGAAUAAUAACGAUAUACCAUACUUCAAUGAAUACAAUGAAUAUCAUUCAAACAAUAAUUAUAUUUUUAAUCAAAACAUUGUCAAUAAUUCUGUGCAUGAAAUAUUAUCACAUAAAGAGAAAAUAAUAAAAAGUGAUAUAACAAAUAAGUAUCAUUUUGAGAGAAAUGAAAUUAUAAAUUCUGACGCAAAAAUGAUAGUCAAACAACAAAAUAAAAGUAUAAAUAGUUACUUAGAGGAUAAUAAAAAAAAAAAUUAUCACAACAAAAAUGACAACAAUGAAGAUGAUAAAAAGGGGUUUUCUAACAACAUAUUGGAAGGGUAUAACCAUAUGAACAAUCAUAAAAAUAAUAAUCAUAAUGAAAAUGAUAAUAAUGAAAAUGAUAAUAAUAAUAAUAAUGUUCUUAAUAGUAAUAAUCAUAAUAACUGUAAAGGUACACGAGAUAAAAAAAUUGUUCGAAAGAAAUCAACCAGCGAAAUAGCUAGCGAUAUAUUAGAAACAUGCAGUACUAAUUAUUCUUUUGAAAGAAGCGAAAAAGCAUUUGAGCGAAAUGAACACGUUUUAAAAAAAGAUUCUCUUAUAUUCAGAAAGGAAGAAAAUAAAGAUCAUACGGUAAGACAAAAAAAAAAUUCGAUAGAGGAAUAUAAUACACCAAUGGAAGUUAAAAUAAACUCAAAGUAUAAUUCAUAUUUUAUGUCUAGUAAAGAUAAACAUGUGGUUGAGCAAAAUAAUAAUUUAAGAAAUAAUUCUUUAAUAAUUCACAAUUCUACGAAUGAACAGCAAAAUGUAUCACCAAAUUUUCAAAAUUAUCAAACCUUUGAUUAUUCUGAUGAUAAGAAUAAACCUUUUAAUGAGAAGAGUAAUAUGGGGAAUAAUUUUCAAACAUAUUAUAAUCAUGAUAAUAAUAAUAAUAAUAACAAGAACAACAAUAAUAAUAACAACAACAACAAUAAUAAUAAUAACAAGAACAACAAUAAUAAUAAUAAUAAUAGUAAUAGUAAUAAACAAAAUGGAGGGGACGAUAUUGAUAAAACGCCUAAACAAAAUUCAUCUUAUAGAAAUAGCCAGACAAAUCAUAACAUUAACAUGGUUCAAGAUGAUGAUGAUAAUAAUAUAUCACGAAUAAUAUAUAAAGAGUAUGAUAAUACAUAUAUGAAUAGGAAUGAUCAAAAUAAUGACUGUAAGGAAAAUUAUACGAACAAACAUUUUAAUAAUAAUAAUAAUAAUAAACUUAUGUAUAUACCAAAUGAUGUUUUAAAUAAAUCUGCUCAACAACAAUAUAAUAAUAAUAUGAAUUACAUAAAUUGUAAGGAUAAUAAGAAUGACAAUAAUGAUAAGAAUAUGCUGAAUAUAGAUCAAAAUCAAAAUAACUUCCAUAAAAAUAUAACAAUGUUUCCUAUGUAUAAAAAUGAAGUAGAAAAAAAUUUUAUUCAGGUUAAUGAACCAUUUGCAUAUGAUAAUAGGGUAAUAGCUUUUGGUAAAUAUCCAACUGAUUCAUCUAAAGAAAUACAUAGAAAGGGAUCCAUUACUUAUGUGAACAAUAAUUUUGAUAACAAUAUAUUUAAUAAUAAUAAGCAUGAUAAGAAUGUGGUGAAUGCUAUUUAUAAUAUUAAUGAACAAAAAGAAAAAGAAAAGGAAAAAAAUUAUAUAAACGAUAAGAAUAUGGGUAAACAAAGAUCUCAAGAUUAUUUAAGAAAUGAUAUGAAUAAUAUGAAUAAUAUGAAUAAUAUGAACAAUAUGAAUAAUAUGAAUAAUAUAAACCAUAUAAAUAAUAUAAACCAUAUGAAUAAUAUGAAUGAUAUGAAUAAUAUGAAUGAUAUGAAUAAUAUGAACAAUAUGAAUAAUAUGAAUAAUAUAAACCAUAUGAAUAAUAUGAAUAAUAUGAAUAAUAUGAAUGAUAUGAAUAAACAAAAUAGUAAACAUAAUGUCUUAGGUAUAAAUGCGCAUAUUUUAAAUAAUAUUGAAUCUCAUCAUGAAGAUAAGAAUAAUUAUAGUGAACAAGAAACUGAAAAGUAUAAUUUUUAUAAAAACAAUUAUGUUGAUGAAAAUUAUCAAAAACAUUAUUCUACAUAUUAUGCUAAGGAAGAAAUUGUCUCAUCAAAUUUUAGAAAUAAUAUGAAGACAUUAGAUAAAAAUUUUUUUAAUAAUAGAGGACAAAAUGGUAUAAGUAUAACUAAAAAUUAUGAACCAAAUUUAACUUUUAAAAAUGAUAUAUAUGUGAUUCAAAAAGGAAAUAUGAAAGAAAAUGAAAAACACAUUUGUAAUGAGCAAGAAUUUGUUCAAAUGCAACAAAAUGACGUUUAUGAUAAAAAUGAAAAAGAAAUCUUUAAUAAUAAUAAUAAUUAUUAUUAUAAUAAUUAUAAUAAUAAUAUUAAUAACAAUUAUAAUAAUAAUAUUAAUAACAAUUAUAAUAAUAAUAUUAAUAACAAUUAUAAUAAUAAUAUUAAUAACAAUUAUAAAUGUGUGCCUAAUAAUAAUGAUUAUCAGGACAAGUUUGACGUUCCAGAGUAUUACGUAAAAAAUAAUAAUAUUAUAUAUUAUGAAGAUAAUAAAUUUGUUCACAAAAAAUAUAAUAAUCAGACAUACAACAAUAUGACUGAACAAAAUCAUUAUGAUAAUAAUGCAGGAAAUUAUUACUUAAUGAACAAAGAAAAGAAUACAAAUUUUGGUUUUUGUAAUAAUAGGAAGGGGGAUAUGAUAUCACCAUAUCCUGUAAAGGAUGAUCAUACAAAUUUUUCUUAUGAUAAAAUGAGAAAAAAAAAUAAUAAUAAUAACAAUAAUAAUAUUAAUGAUGAUUGUAAUGAUGAUUGGGUUGAUGAUUAUGCAAGUAAAAAUAAAAAUGCUGUUAAUAAUGGACACAUAAAAAGUUUACCUUUAAAAAAAUUUCAUACCGACUAUGAAAAUUGUCGUAUGAAUUGUAGUGUAUAUAAAGACAGCCCACAUUAUGAAUUAGAAUAUUCUGAUGGUAAUUACGUGAACAGAAAAUAUGACGAAACCGAUAAUAACAUGAGAAAAUAUAACACCAUCAAGGGACAUAUAAAAAGUGCUAAUGUUACAGAAGGUAAUAUAACAAAAGGUAAUAAUAUGAAAGAAAAUGUAAAAAUUGGUAAUAUGACUAAUCCUCAUAUUAAAACUAGUAAUAAAGAGAAUAUUAUACGAACAUCUAAUGAUAGUAAUAAAAGCAUCAAUAGUGAUAAUCUUCAAAUGUUAUAUGAUUUAUAUGAUGAACAUUAUGAAAUUUUAAGAAAAGAAAAAAAUGGUGAUGUCCUAAAUAAAAUAAUGGAUGUAAUGAUGAAUAUACAAAAUGAUUUGAAGGAUGUAAAAUAUAAAUUGUCAAAAAAAAAGAAAAAUGAAGAGAAAGAGAAGAUGGAAAAUGAUGAAAAGGAAGCAAAGAGGGAAAAGGAGAAAAAAGAAGAAAGGAAAGAAAAGGAAAGAAUAGAAGAAAGGAAAGAAAAGGAAAGAACAGAAGAAAGGAAAGAAAAGGAAAGAAAAGAAGAAAGGAAAGAAAAGGAAAAAAAAGAAGAAAAAAACGAAAAGGAAAAAAAAGAAGAAAAAAACGAAAAGUUAAGCGGAAAGAAAAGGGACAAAGAAAAUGAGAAAGAAAAAGAAAAGAAGAAAGACAAAGAAAAGAAGAAAGACAACGAAAAAAAGAAAGAAAACGAAAUAAAAAAAGAACAACAAAAAAGGAAAGAAAACGAAAUAAAAAAAGAACAACAAAAAAGGAAAGAAGAAGAAAGAGAAAAGGAAGGAUAUAUGGUUAAAAAGAAAGAAAAAAAUAAAGUUAAAGAAAAAGAAAGAAAACAUGAAGAUGAAGAAUAUUAUAAUCCAAAUUAUUUAACAAGAAAUAUAAAAUCUGCAGAAGACGAAAAUAUAUUAAGCGAAUCAAUAUUUGUAAACAGAAGACAUUUAGAUGAAAAUGCAAAGAAAAUAAAAAACUUGGAAGAAGAAAGGAAAAAAUUAUUAAAAUAUAAUGAGAAAGAAAAUUAUAAAAGUAUGGACAAUAGUACAAAUAGUAUAGAAGAAGAUGAGUUAUAUAAUAAACAAUAUAUGAAUAGGAAGGAUUCUAAUAUUUUGAAGAAAAAAACCUUUGAUGAAAAUAAAUAUAGUAAUCAGAACAAUGUUAUAAAUAAAACAAAUUACGAUAAUGGUUAUAAUAAUGGUUCUACUAAAAAGUUCCACAUGGAUGAUAAUUCUUCAAAUAAUAAUCAUAAUAAAAAAAAUAAUUCCAUGUUAAAUAAUAAUAGUAAUAAUAAUAUACCUAGUAUUGAUCAGCCUCCAUCAGAUAUUAUUCAUAAUAACCAUCAUAAUAAUAAUAAUAAUAAGACAUCAUCAAAUAAUUAUAAUAAUAAUCAUAAUAGUAAUGAUAAUAAUAUGUCAGAUAAUUAUUAUAAUAGUUAUCAGAAAAAUAUUACUAGUGAUUUUCCAAAGAAUAGUAAUUCAUAUAAUAAUUAUGAUAAUGUUGAAAAGGAAUUAUAUACAAGUUUUAAUUUCGAUUUAAAGAAUUUAAAUUAUGAAGAUAUAGAAGAUUCAGUUAUUAGCAAAUCCAAUAGAUUAUAUUUAUUUAACAAAUUCUUUACAUCAUUAUUUUAUGAAGACAAUACAAGAACUCAUAAUUUCAUUAUGUUUAAUAUAUAUAAUAUAGAACAGAAAAGACAGACACAUAAGGUUUCUUUAUUUUUAGAAAAGGACUAUAGUAAUAUUUUUCCAUAUGCAUAUAAUAACUUACUCUUUUAUGCAUUUGAUUGUUAUAAAUUUUAUAGACAUAUUAAGAGUAAAUUUCAAGAUACUUAUAAAAUAUAUGAAAACUCGACAAGCUGUUUAUAUAUUAAUAAUAAUUAUGAAACCAAUUUAAUAAAACGUCUAUUUAUGGAAGAAAAUAAUUAUAACCAUUGUAAAUAUUAUUUAAAUGAAAAGAGGAUAUUAAAAACAUGUACCAAAUAUUUUAUGGAUAAUUUCCUAUCUUUAAUUGAUAAAAAAAUUAAUAUAAAAAAUAUUAUUCCAUAUAUGAAAAAAAAUAAUUAUGAAUUUGAUCAAAGGAAUCUAUAUUUUUUUAUAUCUAAUUUUAAUUUGAUGGAUAAAAUUUUUAGCGACUCUCAUGGAUUUGAUUGUAACAAAAAGUUUUUUGAACAAAAUUGUCCAAAUAUAAAAAAUUAUGCUAUCUUUUUUAAAUAUAUAAAAGAUGCUUCACAUUUUUAUGAUACCCACAUUAAAAAUAAUAUUCAUGAUCACGACAACAACAACAACAACAACAACAACAACAACAACAACAAUAAUAAUAAUAAUAAUAAUAAUAAUAAUAAUAAUAACAAUUUUAAUGAUAAACAUAAUUGUAAUUACAGACUAAUUAUUGUGGCUUUACAUAAAGGUAAAACUUAUAAUUAUGAAAAUUCUUCUUUUAAUCAUUUUAUUAAUACUUUUGACAAAGAAAUAUAUAAUUAUUAUAAUAAUUAUGACUCCAUGUCUUUUGAUAAUGGUUCAGUCAUACUAUUCAAUUUAUCAUAUGCCGUCCCUUUUUAUUAUAUAGAAUAUUAUAAAGAAUUCUAA